UCUCUCUCCGUCUCAUCAGACCGAGAAUCCUCCUGACAGCAUCAUGGCCACAGAAGAAGCUCCCACUGAAGUCUCCGCCGCCGCCGCCCCGGCAAAGGCACCAGCCAAGUCCCCGAAGAAGAAGGCAGCCAAGCCGGCCAAGAAGGUUGGUCCCGGAGCCGCUGAGCUCAUCUUGAAGGCGGUCACCGCCUCCAAGGACCGUAAAGGGAUCUCUUACAUCGCGGUCAAGAAGGCGCUGGCCGCUCAGGGCUACGAACACACCGCUCACAUUAAACGUGCCGUGAAGAGGUUACUCGAGAAUGGAGCCCUGGUGCAGGUCAAGGGAAUCGGAGCCAGCGGCUCCUUCAAGGCAGCCAAGGCCGCCGAGAAGCCCAAGAAGGCAGCGAAGAAGCCCGCAGCCAAAGCCAAGAAGCCGGCAGCAGCAGCAGCGAAGAAACCCGCCGCUAAGAAGCCAGCAGCCAAGAAGGCAGUAACUCCCAAGAAGGUAGCGAAGAAGCCUGCUACUGCUGCCAAGAAAACCCCCGUGAAGAACAUCACUAAGAGCCCGAAGAAGAAGGUGGCGGCCAAGAAGGCAGCGACCCCCAAGAAGGCAGCGACCCCCAAGAAGGCAGCGACCCCCAAGAAGGCAGCGACCCCCAAGAAGGCAGCGACCCCCAAGAAGACAGUAACCCCCAAGAAAGCUGUGAAGAAGGCACCAGCCAGGAAAUCAUCGAGGAAGUAAACAGAUCCUCUACUUCAUCUCCAAAAGGCUCUUUUAAGAGCCACCCACAUACACCGAAAGAGCACUCUCCUGUUUUAAUAUUUAAUUUAGCAUAAAUACAAGUUUGUUAAAGUCUGCUGCAUAUUUAUUUGCAAAACCAGAAGAUAUUGUGGUUAUUUAUCAUUAUCGUAUAAGUUAGUUAAUUUUACAACACAUUCUAUUAUGUUGCUAUAUUAGUAGACAUUCACUUCACAGAAGGCUCCUCUGACAGUCACUCACAACAUACAUAUUUUCCCAUAUACUUGAUAGUGUAUAAACCCUAUGUAAAUAUUUUGUAGGCCUAUAUAACUUCAUAUAAAUGUACAUCGAAACUUAUUUAAUGCUACAUAUAAUUGUGACUAUUAUUACACAUUAAUUCACUUGUACUUGAGGAGAUCGGAUUAGCUCCUGAUUUUGAUAAUAAAUACAUUAUUUUACUUUAUUUUGUAUGUUUAAUAAUUAGAUUAUAUUGGAUAUACUUUAAUG